CAAGUUAGUGUUUUUUGAUUUAAGGACGUGGUCCCUUUAAGAGCAUUGUCAUGGUUCCUGAAGACGUUUAGUCCCGCCUCCUGUCCUCUUUCACGUCCUCGGUUACACUGUAAAAGCAGCUGUGAGUUUAGCAGAGACAUUAUUGGACAGAUUUUAUCUGAACAGUAAAGAUGAGUGGAAGAGGAAAAGGCGGCAAAGGUCUCGGUAAGGGAGGCGCCAAGCGUCAUCGCAAAGUUCUCCGUGAUAACAUCCAGGGUAUCACUAAACCCGCCAUCCGCCGUCUGGCUCGCCGUGGUGGAGUCAAGCGUAUCUCCGGCCUGAUCUACGAGGAGACCCGCGGUGUGUUGAAGGUUUUCCUGGAGAACGUCAUCCGUGAUGCCGUCACCUACACCGAGCACGCCAAGAGAAAGACCGUGACUGCCAUGGAUGUGGUCUAUGCUCUCAAGAGGCAGGGACGCACUCUCUACGGCUUCGGAGGUUAAACUACAAACUACUUCAUCCAGCAAACAAUACAAAGGUCCUUUUAAGGGCCACCCAUCUCCAUAUAAAGACAUGCAUUCCUAAUUUUUUUUUAUUUAUAUAUAUAUAUCCCUUGUUACAUAAAAUGUAUAAGUGCAUCUCAAACACACAAUGGGUUGUACAUCUCAAGGGCAAAAUGUUUUAGCCCAUCACAAUGCAUGUGGUGUAUGAGUUAACUCUCAUUUUCAAAUAUAUUUAUAUAUGGCCUGAUGGUAUUGAGGUUAACUACAUAUACUGUAAUAGAAAGUUUGGUUCUAUGUCCUUUUAUUUAAAUAUGGAUACAAAAACUAAAAGCUGUAUUCUUAAAAUGUAGUUAUUCAGGUAAAGGAUUAUCAUCCUUUGUUUCAAAUUAAAUGAUCAGUUUUAUU